CGUCGUAAGUCCUCCAAUUCUUCAUUCCUUCGAGGACUAUGCUGCCCGGCUCGUACCUUCGCUGGAUUCACGAGCCCAAGGACAGGAUGUAUGUGCGGUCUCUUCUCCGAUCGGAAGCAGCAGCAUUGAUUCGUAUUCAAGUGGACCUUCACGGGAUUCGGCGUGCAUGUUCAACAUGAAGGACUUGGACCCGUUGACGCCCGAGGAUUUUGCAUGGGUUCCUCUCCCUUCCACCGGCUGCUUACCGGAGCCGCAAUGCGCAGCUCUUCGCGCUCAUUUACAUACAUACCUAGCCUUCUAUGCACCACCAACUUCGCCUACGGAGGACGAGGUCGCGGUGGGGGACAUUCUUGCAUAUGUGAGCAAGGUGGCCCGCGAGUUUCGCACGCAGCGGUACGACGACAACAACGCACCGCUCCUUUGUGUCCGCAUCCAAAUCGGGCAAGCGUCCUGCAACGCUUUGCUGGAUAGCGGCGCGACUCGCAACUUCAUUAGCCAGUCCUUCAUGCAAAGGGCCGGCCUUGGACCGCAAGUUCGAAGGAAGGCACACCCUACGACGAUCAAGCUGGCGGACGGUCAAACGCAACAACUCCUUGAUCGCUACAUCGAAGCCAUCCCGGUUUAUUUCGCACCUCAUGCAUGCGAACCGGUGACGUUCGACGUCUUGGACACGGACUUCGACAUCAUUUUGGGCAUGGCUUGGCUUGCAAGUGUGGAUCACACGGUCAACUUCCACCGGCGAACACUUACGGUUCGCGACGCGUUCGGAGCUGAACCGCUAUUGCCAACGGGCGUCACCACGGACGCAUCCGGCUAUGGCAUUGGUGUCGUCCUCGAGCAACAUGACGGCGUGGAUUGGCACCCAGUCGAAUAUUUCAGCAAGAAAGUGCCGGCCGUGCACUCCAUCGACGAUGCACGCAAGAAGGAACUUCUCGCCUUCGUCCAUGCACUCAAGCGAUGGCGGCACUUCCUCCUCGGUCAACGCCAGUUCCGAUGGGUAACGGACAACAAUCCGUUGGUGUUCUACAAGUCGCAAGACACUGUCAACAGCACCAUUGCCCGUUGGAUGGCCUUCAUCGACCAAUUCGACUUCUUUCCCGAUCACAUUCCGGAGAAGUCGAACCGCUUUGCGGAUGCCCUUUCGCGGCGUCCGGACCACUGCACCACGGUCUACUCAACCUUCGAGAUCGAGGAUGACUUGCGGGACAGCUUCAUCCGCGGCUCUCAAGCCGACCCCGAGUUUCGCGACAAGUACGCAAACUGUUCCUCUCCCAAUCCGGCGCCUUCGCACUAUCGGAUCCAAGAAGGAUACUUGCUUCUUCAUUUGCGGGGGAAGGAUCUUCCUUGUGUGCCGCAAGAUUCACAUUCGCGCACCCGGCUUCUUGGCGAGUUCCACGACGCCCCCGCCACCGGACACUUUGGAGUCAAUCGCACGAUUGGCCGACUACGCGAACACUUUUGGUGGCCCGGUCUCCUCGACGACGUCACGCGCUAUUGCGAGUCAUGCGAAGUUUGCCGACGUUGCAAACCUCGCAAUCAUCGUCCUUAUGGCGAACUGCGACCAUUGCCGGUCCCCUUGCGCCGAAGGGAAGCGAUUGCCAUGGACAUCACCGGGUCGUUCCCCAAGCACAAGACGGGCGUCGAUGGGAUUCUCGCGGUGGUUGACCGCCUCACCAAGUUUGCCAUGUUCUUGCCUUGCCGCUAUCACGCCAAGGCACCGGAGUUGGCCGAGAUUCUCUACACCGGUUGGAUUCGAACCAAGGGUUACCCCAAGGAGAUCGUCUGCGACCGCGACACUCGGUUCAUGUCCGAUUUUUGGUUGGCGCUCAUCAAACGAUGGGGCUCAUCCCUCAACCCAAGUUCGGCUCGCCACCCCCAAACCGAUGGCCAAACGGAGAGGGCACAUCAGACCGCACAUGUCCUUCUUCGAACUCUCAUCCGUCCCGACCAGAAAGAUUGGGUUGAGCGGCUGCCGGAUGUUGAGUUGGCAUACAACUCGUCCAUCCAUCCGGCUAUCGGGAUAUCGCCCUUUGAGUUUGAGCAUGGCUCGCUGGUCAAUUCUCCGUUGGACACAAUCCUUCCACAGACGGCAGAGAGCGACGACCACCUCCUCUUCAUUCGUCGGAUGCAAGAACUUUUUGUCAAGGCACGUGACCAGAUGGCAAAGACGCAGCAACGUAUGCGCCAACAAGGCCAACCGCCAGCGUCUUCCUUGUCCAUUCCGCGCCGGCGACCUCGUAUGGGUCUCCGCUGCAGAAUUCAGCCUCGAACAAGACAUCUCUCGCAAGCUCCUUCCGAAAUGGAUGGGGCCCUGGCCGGUUGAGGCACCCGCUGGGGACGCACCCGAAGGACCUUCAUUCGUCAUUAAGGUGCCUGCCCACUUGC